AUGACGCCUGCCCCCACCCCCGCCACCACUCACCCGCCAACCCCCACCUUCCCCCCUCACCCCGCUCCCCGCAACUGGCUCAUCACCGCCUGCACCUCCCCCAUCGGCAUCGCCAUCGCGCGUCAAGUGCUCUCCCACGGCGAUAACGUGAUCGCAGGCCUGAAUCCGCGACACCUUGCAGAAGGGCACGGUGACGGAGGGGAGGAAGAGGGGGAUGCGCAGCGAGGAGAGGAGUUCCGGGAAUUCUGGCGGGAGUGUGAGGAGGAAGGAUGGAAAGAGAGGUGUAAGGGGGUGGAGUUGGAUGGGAGGUCGCUGGUCGGCACGGUUGAAGAGCUCGCGGCCUCUCCACGGACACAAACUUUAGUACGAGAACAAUUCGAAAGCAACUUCUUCGGUCCUGUCAACUGCAUCAAGGCAGCAUUACCGACGAUGCGGAGAAGGAAUAGUGGACAUGUGAUGAUAUUGACAGGUAUAACCGGGCAUCUGGGAACUCCGGGUUUAGGGAUGUAUUGCGCUGCCGGAUGGGCACUUGAAGGCUUCUGCGAUAGCCUCGCGUAUGAGAUUGCUCCCUUCAAUAUCAAGAUGACUAUCGUCCAACCUACGAUGGAAAUUGGUGUCCUAACCAACAAGAUCAUAUCUGCGCCCUCGAUGCCCCAGUAUUCACCGGACAACAACCCGGCGCCAUUGUUUAGGGGUAUAAUUGGAGGUCUGUUAGAUCGUCUUGAUCUUGUCCAGCAGAAUGGAAACUAUGAGCCUGCCUCUUUGGCAGGCGACCGAAUCCAAACCCUCUACCCGAAGCUUCCGCCCGAGAUGCAGUCUUCGCUCCUUGCGGAGACGAUCAAUGCCAUCACAGCGAUCGGCGGACAUGACAAUCCGCCCGCGAGACAUAUCGUUGGCCAUGAAGGUGUAGCCAGUGUGAAAGAGAAGUUGAAAACUGUGAGCGAGGAGCUGGAGGAUUUCGUGGACUGCAGCUGUGCGGUUGAUAUCGAUGACGGCCAUGGCAUCGAAGAUGCAAACGGCAGUAUAGAUGGGAUGUUGUAG